AUGGAGACUGUCAGUAGGAAACAAUCAACUCUUCCAAAUUGGCUUUCGAUUUUUGCCAACUUCUCAUAUAUUGACAUGAGCAACAAUCAAUUCACAGGCAACAUUCCCCAUGAUAUUGCCAAGCUUGCAAAACUUCAAAGAUUGGAUUUAUCCCUUAAACGAUUCUCAGGUGAAAUUCCUUCAUUCCUCGGAAAUUUAAGUAUAUUAACAGAACUCCGCCUAGACAACAACAAUUAUUAUGGUAGUAUCCCGUCUAGUUUGGGAAAAUGCCAAAUGUUGAACGCUUUGAAUAUCUCUCGAAACAGCCUUAGUGGCAUAAUACCUCCACAAGUUUUUGGCAUCUCAUCCUUAGCAUUGUAUUUAGACUUGUCUCACAACCAAUUGAUUGGUUCCCUUCCUAUGAAAAUUGGAAAUCUGAAAAAUCUUGGUGAAUUGAUUGUUGCCAAGAACAUAUUAUCUGGUGAGAUUCCGAGCCCACUUGGUAGCUGUGUUAGAUUAGAAAAAAUUUACAUGGAAGGAAACUUCUUUCAAGGGAUCAUUCCUUCAUCUUUAAUUUCUUUGAGGGGUGAUGAUACCAAGAAAAACUCUAAGUAUGAACUCAGGCGAGGAGCUCAGGUAAUGAGCUCAGACCAGGAGGUCAGACAAUAA